UGUUGCGCAGCCCUCCAGUGGGGCGGGUCCCUUGUGGGGACAUCCGCUUAGUGUUCCUUUCACCCACCAUCACCACACUUCCCACACCUCUCGUCUCACACAAAACUGGGUGUGUCAAGAUGGGCGCCAGGCACAGCACCAGGAACCGUUCCCACAGGUCGUCCGGCCGCUACAGUUGCUCCGGCCAGGCAGACCUCCCACAACAUCUUGCAACUGUCGGUGUUUAUAAAGGAUUUGAACUCCCAGAUACCUAUGGUGAGGUUUGCUCCCAGCCAGGAGGCAGGAAUAAGGAAGACUGUCAGCCAGGGGACAUUAAUAACGAAGACUGUCAGCCAGGAGAAAAGAGUCUUGGGUUGAAGGCUUCCCUCUCGGUUAGGAAGGAUGACGCAGGUUUCCUGUGGGACAAAAGUGGAGAGGACCCGGGACCCGAACAAGAGAAGAAGGAUAACUGUCCUCCAGAGAUCACCGGCCAGAUACAUCUCGAGACACAAGGCCCAGUGACCAUGAAGAUUAUCGUAGAGGACUGGAAGGGGUCCAGGGAGGAGGUGACUGAGGUCCACAAGGUACUGCAGAUGACCAAGAGUCUCACUAGGAGAGAGAUCCCAGAGAACCCGGGCUCCUUGGUCAAGAGCUUUCCCUACGUGGUGCUGGCCAAGUAUGACUACACCGCCGUCCUCCAGGGUGAACUCUCCUUCCACAAGGGCGACUACAUGCUGCUCAUCAGCAAGGAAGACGAGAGUUGGUGGCUUGUGAUGGAGCUUGUCAAGAACACCUACGGCUACGCUCCCUCUACCUUCCUGGAGGUCCAGGAGCACAUCUAAACCUUCUUCCCCUCAAGGUCCAGGAUCACAUCACCUAUGAAUUUUCUCCCCCUCGAGGUCCAGGAGCACAUCUGAACUUUCUCCCCUUCGAGAUCCGGGAGCAAAUCUAAACCUUCUCCCCCCUCGAGGUCCAGGAACUCCUCUGAACCUUGAAGGUCAACCCGUCCUCGACUCAAGUCCAUUACAUCCAGCGGUCGACCCCACAGACGCAUUCAUAAAUUUUAACUUGCUGUUCAUUCAAAACGGGAAUUUUCGCAAGUAUAAAUUAAUAUUAUAAUAUA